AUGAGGCUGCAAAUUGGGAUUGCAUAUCUCGUAAUAGGACUAUUCCUCACUGAACUGCACUUGUGCAUCGGCGGAAGCCACCUGAAGCGCUUGAGUAGAUCGCUGAUCUUCCCCCCAACGAGUCCCACGCGUGUACAGUUCAUCGGCGGCAUCGGUAUUCCCGUGGAGAACCUCCACUUCGAGUCCGUAACCUCGGGCUAUGUGCUAAAGGCGGAGUACUUUCUGCCCACCAACUCCACAGAGAUAACGAGAGUCUAUCUAAAGCCUAUGGCCAUUACGGGUAGGGACGAGGACUCUGCCUCCACCUAUGGAGCGCUCUACCGGUGGAUUAUUUAUCGUGGCAUCGAGAUGGUCAUCGAGAACAUGGGCCUGCCGGGCAGGAGCUGUCUACUCCGGUUGAUUUGUGAGCACGCAGCGCUGCCGAUGGACCACGAGAGCGGGCUGCUGGGCGAGAUCCUGGACAUAGUCCUCACCCCAUCCAGUUCGGCGGACCAGCUGGGACGCAGUUCGGAUCGCGAGUACCACACCUCGGAGCACUAUGGCCGGCGGGGCGGAGAUUGCCGCGCGGCCUAUGCCAGCCGGUGCCGGAAGUCGCCCAUGGAGCUCAUCAGUCUGCUGCUGGAAGUCAAUGAAUAA